AUGGUAUCCAAGCGUCAUCUUCGAGUCGGAAAUGUCAGCGGAGCAACAGGCGAUGCACCGCACGCCUUUGCGCGUAUGGUGCGCGAGGGAGAUGUUGAUGUCAUCACGGGCGACUGGCUCAGCGAGAUGAACAUAGCGUGGAACGCAAUCACCAAGGCACAAGAUCCGUGCCUAGGUUACGAGGUCGGCUUCCUCGAACAGCUGACCGAAUGCAUUGACGAUGUUGCUGCCAAGCAUAUCAAGGUGAUUACCAACGCUGGAGCAUUGAAUCCGGUUGCACUCAGCGACCGCAUCGCCGAGCUUUGCCAUGCGCGAAAGCUGCAUGACCUGGUGAUUGCCACUGUGAUCGGAGACGACGUGACGCAUCUGCUCGAACGACCAGCAAAAGGCGAGCCAGCUUUACGAUUCCGGCAUCUCGACCACGAGGACAUGUUCAUCGAAGAUUGGUCAGCAGACCUCCGGCCGUCGUGCGCGGUCGCCUACAUGGGCGCCUGGGGCAUCGUGGAAGCUCUGUCGGAAGGUGCGGACAUUGUCAUAUGCGGUAGAGUGACAGAUGCUUCACCGGUCAUUGGAGCCGCAGCGUGGUGGUACAAGUGGUCGAGGACUGCCUACGAUGAGCUUGCUGGCGCAUUGCUGGCAGGACACGUCAUCGAGUGUGGUCCAUAUGCGGUUGGAGGCAACUUUUCCGGUUUCAAAGAGUACCUCCCAGAGCUGGUCGACAUUGGCUUUCCAAUCGCCGAGAUCGAGCCUGAUGGAACAUUCCACGUAACCAAACCCGAAUCCAUGAACGGGGUCAUUGACAGAUUCAACAUCACCGCUCAGAUUCUCUACGAACUGCAAGGCGAGGACUACCUCAACCCAGAUGUUGUCGCAAACCUGUCCAGCAUCAAGGUCACGAAAACAUCGUCCGCAAAUCGCGUGUACGUCUCUGGCAUGACUGGUCGUCGCCCUCCAUCAUCCACAAAAGUCAUGAUCGCCGCGCCAGGUGGAUUCCAGGCCGAGGCGCUCUACUACAUCAAUGGACUUGAUGUCGGCGCAAAGGUCCAGAUGAUGCGAGCACAGUUGGAACACGCUUUCCGAGACAAUAAAUUCUCCAAAUUGUCAGUCGAACUGUACGGCAAACAGGUGGAGAAUCCUCGUUCGCAGCAAGAGGGAACCGCGAUGCUGCGCAUUUUCGUGCAGGCGAGAGCCAAAAGGCACCUUGAGGCAGAUGCGUUCAAGCAGCCAAUCUAUGCCUUGCGCAUGCAGAGUUAUCCCGGUUAUCACAUGAACCUCGAUUUUCGACUGAUGGAUCCCAAGCCUUUCAUCGAGAUCUUUCCAAGCGUGGUGUCUCAGGCUUCGCUACGGCACCAAGUGCUGAUUCCCAAGAUGAAGAAGAUACUGGAUAUUCCGCCGCCUUCAGAGACUUGCGAGUAUCCAAUCGGGAGAGGGUCCUACGAAACAGCCAGCCCAGUCGACCUGCAAAGUUUUGGAGCAUCGAUCGAAGCGCCCUUGGGGAGCAUCGUGCAUGCGCGAAGUGGCGACAAGGCGAACAACUCCAGCGUCGGCUUCUUUGUCCGCAACGAAGACGAAUUUCCGUGGCUACAGAGCCUCAUGACAACGAGCAAAUUCAAACAGCUGCUGGGUGAUGAUUAUGCUGGCCAGAAAGUGGAGAGAGUAGAGUUUCCUCUUCUCUUGGCCGUCCAUUUUCGCAUCCUUGAUUUUCUCGACGGUGGGAUUGCCAGUUCCGCAAGAAUUGAUGGCCUAGGAAAGGGAGUGGGUGAAUAUUUGAGAUCCAAGCAUGUAGAUGUCCCGCUUCAGUUCUUGGAUCGAAGGCGUAUAUGA